GAUCUGUGUUCUUGAUGUUCGCUAUGAAAAAUCGCUUUCCAGCGCAUCGUUUGUUUUACCGUUGCCGCGACUGAGCUCACGGUAUUUUAGAAGGGGAGUUAUUGCUAAGGAAGAUCAGGUGCACGGAUCUAGGACAAGCGGCAAAAUAUAGCCAUUUAGCGGUGUAUAACAAUCUCUUUAGCCAAGGCCGAGUGGUCCUCGACGAAAUCUAGGUAGUACGAUGCUCGCGCCGUCGAAGCACGAGUAUGGAGCUCGCGCCGUCGCGUUCUUGAAGGAAGAAGGAACCGUGCCUGCUUGUCGUCUCAGAUUUUAAGUGCGUUUCGUCUCUUAGCCGUUAUUUGAGCCUAGCGUGCGGACACAGUAGGCGACUGAGCCUCGCGAUGAGAGAUGGCUGACGCCUUUUAACCGCAGUAGUCGAUUGCCGCUAAUGUCAACCUACGCCUGAGGCGCCCGUCUUAUCCCAACGACGCACGAUGUACAGCUUCGAGGGAGAAUUCAGGAAAAGGCCGCAGCAAUCACUGGGAGGUGCGAGCAAAAAGGUUGGCCUGGAUGACCUACUACGAAAGAGUGCUCUUCGGAGGCAAAAUCGUGAGGAGUGUCGGCGUCAAGAAGAGGCUGGACUCAAGAUCAAGGCCUUUGCCAGAGGUUUCCUAAGCCGCCAGCGUCUGGCUCGUGAACUUCGCCAGUGCUUCGAUGCAAGCUCGAGGGUUUCAAGUGACCUGGGCCCGCUUCUGCGCUCCCUCCCACUCUUUUAUGAUGCCAGUCUUGACAUGGAGCGUUUGGCCUGGUUGAGUCACCAAGUGCUGCUCCGUAAAGAUGAAGUGGCCAGCCAGGCGGAUGACCCUGUCUGGCGCCUGCGAAUUCGCCGCCUCCUGGCACUCAAUGUCACAUCCUUACUACGGCCGGGCUUCCCUACGGCACCUGCCCUGCGUCUCCUGGAGGUGUUCGGCUCGGCCGAGGUGUACCAUGGCUACUUACGAGGCACCACCUCGGAAGAAGAGUGGGCCACUCAGGUGCGGUCAUGGCUGCAGCACCUGUGGCUGCACCUGGCAUGCCAGUGCAACCUGUUCGCACAUUUGCAUCGGCUGCUGGAGCCACGGAUACCAGACCCGGGCCCCAAGGAAGAGGGUGUGCCUCAGGUGGUGACACCACAGGCGCAAGCCAUGAUGGACCUACUCCUCCAGCCUCUCAGCAAACCUGUGGCUGACGGCUCAGAAUGUGGUGACUAUCAGCGCGAGAUCAUUGCCUGUCUCCUGAAAGGCAUUCUUGGCGACUGCCCCCAGGUUGUUCGAGUCGUGUUGCCCGCACUGGCGAGUCGGUGGCCCUACCCUGGCGAGCCCCUGCUUCGAGCCAUACUUGGCCUGAGGCCUUCGCCGUGGCUGUUUCAAGCCCUGCUGCGGCUGUCAUCACCUGCAGAGCCGCUGUUCAUUGCUGCUGCGGCACACCUGUCGCCCUGCCUCACCCGCAAAGUGACAAAGCUGUGUUGCGGCGAAGCUGACUUGAGAAAACCGGGUUCCAUUGUGCCACACCCAUUAGACCCUUGCCCAUUUUUCCUGCUGAAAUAUUCGGAGAGGUCCAGCCGCGAAGAUCUGGAAGCGGACGAGUCGAGUCCAGCCGACGAGGCCUGGAGUGACGGCGGCGGCUCGUCCUCCACAUCUCUCGCCGACGAGGCGCUGGAAGAUGUGCUGGAGCAGCUCAACGCGCCGGCCACCGUGAAGACCAUCUUGGAGGCUGCUGCAUCCAGUCGCGAGAACCUUCCUACACUGUGCCAGCUAGGUUGGGCCCUGGUGCAGUGGCGUCCACUGGCCCUGCACCACUUCCGGCUGCUCUACACGUUGGCCUUCCGCCCGCAGUUCCUGCGGCAGCUCUGGGUGGCACUCAAGGAUGUUCGCGCUCCAUCACUGUUCGUGCCUGGUGGGACACCAGUUAUGCAGCUGCUGUCAUCUGGGAUAUGCCCGCCAGACAACUGGGCUGAGCCCUUUUCGAGCCAGCUGAACCUUUUCUGCAGCCUGCUGGCCCACUUGCUACCAACACUGCAUGAUGUCGAGUUCUACGAGUCUUCUGCAGGGGAUCCAAUGCCCUUCUCGCUGGACGAGCUGGUGUCACUGAUCGCGCAGCUGCGUGAGCUCUGCCUGGGGCUGCUGGAGCUCUGCUUUCCUGACACCCGGACUGGCCUGACACCCCAGCAGCUGCAGUACUUGAAGACCCUGUGGAGACCCAUGUUUGAGUGUGUAGUCUCACUGCUGCGACAGCUGUACGCUCGGGAUUCAAGGCGUCCCUUCUGCCCUGAUGGCCACUGGGUUUCACCUCGGACAGCCAUCUGUCCCGAUCGGGUGCCAGGCUGGAACCUGGAAAUUCAACGGCUACCAACAUGUGGCGCCGCAGCGUUGACUCGAAAACAGCUUGAGGAAGGUGGGCCACCACUCUCUACCACCGAGCUUCGCAGUGCGGCAAUCCUCCAGGAGAUGCCCUUUGCUGUGCCAUUUCCUAUCCGUGUUAGGGUGCUGCAGAGCCUGAUAGCUCGCGACAAGUCGGAGAACAAUCGUGAGCAGUCCCACUUUCUCCUGGGCCCCCAGAUAGAGGUCACAGUGCGGCGAGACUACAUCUACGAAGACGCCUUCGAGAAACUCUCGGGCGAGCCCAACCUCAGGCUACGACUGCGUGUUCAGCUCGUCAAUGUGGCAGGUCUCGAGGAAGCAGGCAUUGAUGGUGGCGGGCUGCUACGGGAGUUCAUUGCUGAGCUGAUGAAGACGGCGUUUGAUGCGAACCGGGGCCUCUUCCGGUGCACGCACGACCGGCGUCUCUACCCGAACCCGGCUGUCGGGCAGUUGCCAGACUAUGCCGACGGGCGGGCGACACGCCACUACGCCUUUGUUGGCCGUCUUCUCGGCAAGGCUCUCUACGAGGGAAUGCUGGUGGAGCUGCCAAUGGCCCACUUCUUCCUCGCCAAGUUGGUGGCUUCUGGGCGUGGCGACCUCGGCCUGCAUCACUUGGCGUCCCUUGAGCCGCUCGUCUACCGCAACCUCUUCUUCCUCAAGAGCUACAAGGGUGACGUGGCCGACCUGGGGCUGGACUUCACCGUGGUGACAAGUCAGCUGGGCAACAGCACGGUGGAGGAGCUGAAGCCCAACGGGGCCACGAUUCCAGUGACGGCUGCAAACCGCAUAGAGUACAUGCACCUGCUUGCCGACCACUUGCUCAACGCUCAGCUGCGGCAGCAGUGCCUUGCGUUCCGGCAGGGCUUGGAGGAGCUCCUGCCAGGCCACUGGUUGCGCCUGUUUGCACCGCAUGAGCUUCAGGUGCUGGUGUCGGGCGCCCAGAGCCCUGUCGACCUGGAGGACCUGCGCGAGCACACCCACUACGAGGGCGGCUACAGCCCUACGCACCCCGUCGUCCAGGCCUUCUGGCGCGUCUUGGCAGGCUUCGACGAACGCCAGCGGCGCCUUCUCCUCAAGUUCGUCACCAGCUGCUCACGGCCGCCGCUGCUGGGAUUCAAGGACCUGGUGCCCCAAUUCUGCAUCCACUCGGCCGGGCCGGAGCCGGGGCGCCUUCCCACCGCGUCAACAUGCAUGAACCUGCUCAAGCUACCUGAGAUCACCGAUGAAGCACAGCUACGUGAAAAGCUGCUUUACGCCAUCGAGUCGGGUGCUGGCUUUGAGCUCAGCUAACGGCAACGUGCACCACUCCAGGUCACGAGAAGAGGCGUUGAACAAACAGCAUGUUCAGGUUGUGCUGGGGCACUUUGUGGCUUGCUAUUGUGUACCACUGCGGCUUGCGAAUGGCUUGCCGGUGGUUUGCCAGCGGCUUGCCAGUGCCCGCUACGAAGACGUACCUCGCGGAGGUUGCAAAGCAGCAUUCCACUGCCGGCAGCACCUCCCUGCUUGUGAUAUAAAUGGGGGGCCAGGAGUUGGGGGUGUGGCCUCUGAAACCACACUACGAACUGACAGCUGCGGAAAGCACGCACGUUUUACCGCAAGCCAAUGAUGUAUAAAAGAAAUAAAGAUUUAUGAACUACGUA